CAAAGAUUCUGAAAUCAAGUUUCCCCAAAGAAUCAUUUUCAUUACAGGAAGUAGCCACCUUUGUUAGUUCUGCAAGUCACCCGAUUCUUCAAACCUUGCACAUCACAAAAAAACGAGCAUCACCACCACUACUACCAAACCCUAUCACCACACCUUCUCAGUUUCUCCGAGCUUCCCCAGCUUCAGUCCAAAUGAGUCACAUCAGCAAUUCAGGGUUCAUUACAAAAAAGCUGUUUUCAUGGAUGAAGGUUUCCUUCAUUGUGCUUGCUUUGUUUACGAGGGUGACAUGGGAGGACAAAGCAGAAGAUCCCUCAAGCGCCCUUUUCUGCAUCAGCGACUGCUCCACAUGUCCUGUGAUAUGUUCACCCCCUCCUCCAUCGCUCAUCACACCCCCACCUUCACCUCCGCAUCCUCCAUCAUCAUCAUCAUCACUACCUUAUAAUUCCUAUUUCUCACCACCUCCACCUCCUUCCAAGCCCAAACUAGCACCACCUCCACCGCAGUCGCAUUCUUCAGGGGCUCCUCCACCACCCCCACCACCUUCAGGUUUAGGACAGCCCCUACCUACGGUGGUCUCAGCGCCGCAUGACUUUUCCUAUCCCUAUUACUAUUUCUACGCUUCCACUGCUUCUUCUCUUUCUGUUCAUGCACCCUUUCUUCUCUUGUUAUUCUUCCUAUUGUUGGUAGCCAGUAGUUUUGUUCUAUAAGGUCAAAUUAAUGUGUUGUUUGGUCUCCGUUACAUGUACUGAUGAAAGUCUCAAAUGCACUGUUUUUGUUUUCUUUUACAUCGUAUUUGUAAUUUUGUGGCAAAUAAUCUGUGUUACAAAUGA